AUGGCUCGCCAGAACGUCAGGAGGAACACCGCGACUGACUCCUCGUCAAGGAACAGAUUGGACCUGGACGAGGUCCUAGGGCGCAUCGCUGAGCUGAAUACGCAGCUCAGACGCCAGAUGGCCGCCAACGACGUGGCAGAGGCCAAGCUAGUCCUCCACGACAUCAUCCGCGGCCACAAGGACGUCGGCGAUGUGCCCCGCGAGCUCCUCGCCGACUUGAAGAAGGUGGUAGAAAAACGCCUGCAGGAAGCUGCCGCCACCAUCUACCUCCGCAGCCUGUAG